GCCGACCGUUGAGCCUCCAUCUUUCUCUCAAAUUCCCAAAAACCCGUCACACCCUUAAGACGCGGUCAAACUCCACUACUCUGUCAAAUCUUUGUUUCCAACACAUAGAAUACUAUGCCGUUCAACACAGAGCUUACACGCGCCCUCGGCAUUAGAAUACCCGUUGUCCAAGGUGGCAUGCAAUGGGUAGGCUAUGCCGAGCUGGCCUCAGCCGUCUCGAAUGCUGGCGGUCUAGGAAUACUCACAGCCCUCACCCAACCCUCCCCCGAAGAUCUCCGCAAAGAAAUUCGCCGCUGCCGCACCAUGACCAAAAAUCCCUUCGGCGUCAAUCUCACCCUCCUCCCCGCCAUGGUGCCCCCCGACUACGCCGCCUACGCCCGCGUCAUCAUCGAGGAGAAAGUAAGCAUCGUCGAGACCGCCGGCAACUCUCCCGGCCCCGUAAUCAAGCAGCUCAAAGCAGCCGGCACAACAAUCCUACACAAGUGCACCACGAUUCGCCACGCCCACUCCGCCGUGAAGCUCGGCGUGGACUUCCUAAGCAUCGACGGUUUUGAAUGCGCAGGACACGUAGGCGAGACAGAUAUCACGAACUUCAUCCUGCUCUCGCGCGCACGCCAGAGUCUCGGCGUGCCAUUCAUUGCAUCCGGCGGCUUCGCAGACGGCCAAGGUCUCGCUGCCGCUCUCGCACUCGGCGCAUGCGGCAUCAACAUGGGAACACGGUUCAUGUGCACGGUCGAAGCGCCGAUCCACGAGAACAUCAAGAAAGCCAUCGUCGAAGCCCAGGAGACGGACACAGCGCUUGUUCUGCGCCGAUGGAAGAACACGUCGCGCCUUUUCGCCAAUAAAGUCGCUCUCCAAGCGGUGGAUAUUGAGAAAACGAGCCCAACAGGCAAGUUCGAAGAAGUCGCUGAGUACGUGUCUGGAAAGCGUGGAAGGCAGGUGUUCCUCAAUGGUGAUAAGGACUUCGGUGUUUGGACUGCGGGACAGGUCAUUGGGCUGAUUCAUGAUAUACCCACCAACGAGCAACUGCUCAAGCGUAUUGAGAAAGAGGCGGUUGAGACGAUGAGGCAGAACCAUGCACUCUAUAUUGAAGAGGGGCAGGAACCGGUUGCGGAGGGUGCGACGGUGGGGAAGAAAGACAACAAUCCCGGCGCGGAGAUCUGGGGGAUUGGGAAGAGUAAGCUGUAGAUGAGGAGAUUCUUUGGUCGAAUAUACCAUUGUUGGAUGUUGAUUGAAUGCGUGAUCAAGAAUCUUCAU